AUGAGCAACCUCAACAAAGACACCGAGCACACCAACGGCAGCGCCAACGUCGAGGAGGAGGUCCGGACACUGUUUGUCAGUGGUCUUCCUGUGGACAUCAAGCCCAGGGAGCUCUACCUGCUCUUCAGACCUUUCAAGGGUUAUGAGGGAUCACUGAUCAAGCUGACUUCAAAGCAGCCAGUUGGGUUUGUGACCUUUGACAGCCGAGCUGGUGCAGAAGCAGCCAAGAAUGCCUUGAAUGGCAUCCGCUUUGACCCCGAGAACCCCCAGACCCUGCGGCUAGAGUUUGCCAAAGCCAACACUAAGAUGGCCAAGAGCAAGCUGAUGGCCACACCAAACCCCACCAACAUCCACCCUGCCCUGGGGGCACACUUCAUUGCACGGGACCCCUAUGACCUGACUGGAGCAGCUCUGAUCCCAGCGUCCCCGGAGGCGUGGGCUCCCUACCCCUUGUACACCACAGAGCUGACCCCUGCCAUCCCCCACGCUGCCUUCACCUACCCAGCAGCUGCCGCCGCUGCCGCCGCCCUGCAUGCCCAGAUGCGCUGGUACCCUCCCUCUGAAGCCACCCAGCAAGGAUGGAAGUCUCGGCAGUUUUGUUAGUUUGUUACAUCACCCCUCGGCUUGUGUUCCUCCUCCCUGCUCUCCCGAGGGAUGUGCCGGGGACGAUCGCUCG